CCCAGCGGCGCCCCGCGGGGCGAGCCUCCGGCGGGGGGCGGCGGGUCCUCCAUCCCCGCCAUCGACCCCGGGGCGCUGCAGGACGUGGUGGCCCUGGCCGGGCAGGUGGCGGCGCAGGUGGACGAGCUGCUGCGGAACGUGCACUGCGGGCUGCAGGCGCUGACGGCGCUCAGCGUCGGCUGCAUCCAGACCUACCGCGACGGCGUGGAGAGCCUGGGCGAGGCGGCCGACCUCAGCAUCCGCGCCAUGUACGCGCUGGUGGCGCGCUGCGAGGAGCUGGACCGCGCCAUGCAGCCCGUGCCCGCCCUGGCCAAGCGCAUCCGUGACAUGAAGGGCACGCUGGAGCGGCUGGAGGGGCUCUGCAAGUCCCCCCCCCCCCCCCCCCCCCCCGCCGCUCCCGCCGCCGCCCCUCCCGUGCCGGCAGCGGGGGCCUGGCGCCGCUGCGCUCUCGCCCCGCCGCUCGCGGCGUCCGCAGCUCCCGCCCGCACAUCCUCGCUCGCUCUCCCCGUGCGUGACUUGCCGGCAUCAGUGGCCAGAUCCCCUGUGCUGGUCUGGACGAAGGGAAAUUUUUGCGACCGACGAAAGAAAGGGUCCCGGUUGAAAACCGCGGGGUAA